UCAUCUGUGCAUGCGGGUGUGAUGAUGCCGCUGAGCACUAGCAACAGGACACUCCAGAGCAGUGCGGGAAAAGUGAGAAAGUCCGUAAUUUCAGUUGGAUAUCUUUGUAACUGUAAAAGCAAUGCAGCAGCCCUCUUGAAUACAUGUGUUUUAAAAAUAAGAAGAAAUUGCCUACUGCUCGCUGUCACUGCGACGGGUUUCUGGACUUUGAUAGGUGGUGGGUUAGAUCACUAUCCUUAGAUAUAGCGCGUGGUAAAGAUAACCCUCAAGAAAGAGUGCUUUUACCUUCGAGCCCCCAUUCACACCUGACAGCUAAGCAUUUUAAGGCUAAAUAAUACACCCAAGUCAUAGGCAACAAAGUGUAACUGCUGAGGUAUAAUAAGAACGAGUGGGACAUACAAUCGUCGAGAAACAUAUUGUAUAUGUUGGAAAAGAACAAGUGUAUGCGAAAGUAUUGUCACAGUGGGACUUGAACUUGCACGACAUUUCGUCAACGGAGUCCGACACAGUGUAUCAAGACUGGGGAGAGGUCGAGAAGCAGUCUCAUCGUUGCUGUUGCACCAAUCAGAGGCAAGGCAGAGGUCAAGGGCUUGUCUGGAAGCAGGACACGCCCUAAGUGGCGGAGAUGACGGUCUCUACCUGCUGCACCACCUGGACCAAACUCCCUCUCUGGUGGCUUGUGAUAAUGGUCGUUGCUGGACAGGCCGUAAUGGGGGGGGACCAACCGGAGGGACUCUGUGGGGGGCGGGACUGCUCCACCUGCCAGUGUUUCCCUGCUAAAGGAGCCCAGGGUGUUCCAGGAGUUUUAGGACGACAGGGGCCUCAGGGGCCACCUGGGUUCCCGGGCCCCCAGGGGCCUCUUGGAGAGAAGGGAUAUCGAGGAGAGGAGGGCUUCCCUGGCGUAUCUGGACCGAAGGGAGACGUGGGUAUUGCUGGCGUACCAGGAUAUCCUGGACUAGAUGGUGUCCCGGGCCACCCAGGGCCAGGGGGUGUUCCUGGUCUACCAGGGCUUGAUGGCUGUAACGGGACCAGAGGGGACUCUGGUUUCCCUGGAAUCCAUGGUCUGGAUGGGCCUGAUGGGGGAGCGGGUUUCUCAGGGAUCAAAGGAGUGCCAGGGGACCCCACCGUUCAGUUCAUCCAGUACCCUGGUAUACCUGGUGAUGUCGGCCAUGCUGGGGUUACUGGACUGCCUGGCUUCCAAGGCAUUAGCGGCCCUAGGGGACCUACUGGACCAGUUGGUUUGGAUGGAUCAGAUGGUUUAACUGGUUCACCUGGCCUGAGAGGUCUGCCUGGAGAGAAAGGAAGAUCAUUGCCAGGACAGAAAGGAGAUGAAGGAGACCAGGGUACCCAAGGGCCCCCAGGACCCUUUGAGUUUGUGGACCCCCCAGAAGACUUCUACAUCAAAGGAAGCAAGGGGAGGAGUGGUGUGAAGGGAGAGUGUGGACCCAGGGGAAGUGAUGGAUUCGACUCGUUGACAGGGAUAAAAGGAGAAAAGGGAAUCAUCGGAUUUCCUGGAGUCAGGGGUCUUCCUGGAUAUCCUGGCUUCCCUGGGCCACCUGGUGUAAAGGGGAUCCUCGGGAGCCCUGGCCUACCUGGUCUGAUAGGAACGGAGGGACCCAAGGGGUUCCAAGGAGAUCUUGGUCCCAAAGGACUGACAGAGUUCAGGCAGGUUAAUUAUACAGCUUGUAGAGGGAUGCCAGGGGAGUCGGGGCUGCCUGGAAGACCAGGACCACCUGGAGAUGUUGGGGAGAUGGGGAUGCACGGCCGCCAAGGACUGCCUGGGGUAUCAAUACCUGGUACCAAUGGUGAGCCUGGCCCAAUAGGGAUGACUGGCACCAAGGGGGUUAAAGGAGAGCCAGGGAUGCACUACCAGAACGGGCCUACACCCGGAGAGCCUGGUAAACCGGGCACAGCAGGCCUCAGUGGUCUGAAAGGAGAGCGCGGCCCCCCAGGUACGUACUGCACCCCUGGUUCACCAGGAGAGCCUGGAGCAGAUGGAGAUCAAGGUCCUCCUGGAUCUGCAGGGUUCCCUGGUAGCAAAGGAAUUGAUGGUGAUUGUGAUUGUGAGCUCCUCCAGCCUUCAAAGGGAGACCCUGGCUUUAUGGGGAUUCCUGGAUUGCCAGGGUUACGAGGACUUUGUGGGGCACCAGGCCCGAGGGGUGACAUUGGUUUUCCCGGAGACAUAGGAAGAAGUGGGGCAGACGGCUUCCCAGGAUUUGCAGGUGUCCGGGGUCCAAAAGGUCAGAAAGGUGACAUCUAUCUAUGCAUUAAAGGUGUGAAGGGAGACAUUGGCCUCCCAGGGCUGGCUGGUCGUCCAGGCUUCACUGGGAGGAGAGGAGACGAAGGGAAUCCGGGUGUGCCUGGUGACGCUGGCCCAGAGGGUGACAGUUACUCAGGUUUCCCGGGUGAGAGAGGGUAUCCAGGUAAUGACGGGCCAAAAGGGCUUGCUGGACCCGUCGGCCCCCCAGGACCUGAUGUGAUUGGGGCCGUGGGGGAACGGGGACUCCCAGGCGACCAGGGACCUCCAGGAUUCAGGGGAUCUCCUGGGCUCAAAGGAGUCAGGGGUGACACCCUACCCUGCAUACCCAGUAACCCUGGUGCCCCAGGACAGAAAGGCGAUUCCGGAAGCCCAGGGCUGAACGGAGAGUCAGGACCCCCAGGGUAUCUUGGAGCUGUGGGCCCAGACGGGGUGAAGGGAGAGAAAGGAGACUUUGGGCUGUCUGGCCCACCUGGAACCAUAGGCUCGUCGGGGUGUGUUGGAGACUCUGGAGAGGCUGGUGCUGAGGGUCUGAGCUACGACGGAGCUGCCGGCUCUCCUGGCUUCCGAGGGUCUCCAGGACUGAAGGGCCCAUUUGGGGACUCUGUCCCUGGUGCUCCAGGACCUAUAGGCCUCAAGGGCGUACUGGGUCUGUCGGGGCCCAAAGGAGUGCCAGGUCCACCCGGUCCAAUCGGAUUAACAGGUGCUGCGGGGCUUCCUGGUACACUGGGAAGGAAGGGGGAGCAGGGAGAGAGUGGUGCCACAGGCAGAUAUGGGGCCCCAGGGCCCACCCCUGAACAGUGUGAAGAGGGGGCCCCAGGCCUUCAAGGAAUCAUGGGACUAAUAGGGGACAUAGGCCCUCCAGGUUACGCAGGCGAGAAGGGUGAUAACGGAGAGGAGGGUCUGUCCGGCACGGGUCCUAAAGGAGCUGCAGGGAAACCGGGCUCUCCAGGGUUUCCUGGGUACCUUGGAGCCCAGGGCCCCGUGGGGCCAUUAGGAGAACCUGGCAUACCCGGGGCUCAAGGGCAGAAAGGUAUAAUAGGGGUACCUGGUAGGGAUGGGUCAGUGGGUGGUCCAGGGAGGAGUGGAGCACUAGGAUCCCCGGGAAGGAAAGGAGAGAGGGGCUUUGACGGUCAACGAGGCUUACCAGGAGAUGAGGGCCUCAAAGGAGAAAAGGGUAGAAAAGGUGCCCCCGGAGACACAGGAGACACCAUCUUCAUUCCGAUCAAAGGACUACCAGGAGCUCCCGAACCCCCAGGUCUGGAUGGCUUCACUGGUCCAAGAGGUGACAAGGGUCCUGCGGGAGGCAGGGGUCUACCAGGGUACCCAGGGCUUUUGGGGGGGCCUGGCAUAGAGGCUGGGCCUCAAGGACCACCUGGUACAUGUGGACGCUCAGGUGAACCUGGACUACCUGGCCUGCCUGGCCAGAGGGGUAUCAUAGGCUUCCCUGGAGAGAUUGGUGAUCAGGGUGAAUCUGGGUGUACUGGAUCUCCUGGCACACCUGGCUUCCCAGGGUACAGUGGUCUUAAAGGUGAACGGGGCGACUCCAUUGGCAUCCCUGGACCGGGUGGUGAUAGAGGAGCUACAGGAGACACUGGAGCAUUUGCCGCACCGGGUGACCAAGGUGAUGUAGGUGAACCAGGAGUUUCAGGAGCUCCAGGACCUAAAGGGUUAACUGGUCCUCAAGGAUCCAUCGGACCUCCAGGGCCUGCUGGUGUGAUCGGACCCCCAGGCCUGAGUGGUAAACCUGGGGCUGAUGGUCUCCCAGGGACCUCUGGACAAACUGGGCCCAAGGGAGACCAAGGACCACUUGGACUCAAAGGUCCACCUGGACCACUGGGUUUGCAUGGACUGGACGGACUAAAGGGUGUGAAGGGAGAGGUUGGGGCCAGAGGCCCAGGUGUGCCCGGUCCCUCCGGUGCUCCAGGCUAUAAAGGAGAGAAGGGUUCCAGAGGGUGUCAAGGGCCUCAGGGGCCCUCUCAGCCAGGACCUCUGGGCCCCAAGGGCCAGUCUGGACUAACGGGAAGCCCAGGAGACACAGGUGCCUCCGGUCUACCAGGCAUGGACUGUAAGGAGUCCAUGCCCGGCCACUGUGGGGAGUCAGGCUUCCCUGGACGCGACGGACCACCAGGUUCACCAGGUGACAUUGGCUGCUCCGGCCCUGCUCUGCCCAUGACCAGUGAAGAGGGGGACAACGGUGUGCCCGGCUUACCAGGGCUCAAAGGGGACAAGGGGACUUCAGGCCCCCCCGGGCUGCCUGGCAUUGCAGGGUUACCUGGGCCUAAAGGUGAGAGAGGAGCUUCGGGGAUGAUGGGGGUCCCAGGACACCCCGGUUCCACAGGUACAUGUGGGCCCCCAGGACCCAAAGGAAACAAGGGACUGCAAGGAGAUGAAGGUCCAAAAGGAGAAAAGGGGAAUGUGAUCACUCCAUUGAUAAUCCCACCUCCUCCUGGACCCGUAGGCGCACCCGGUCAACCCGGCCUUUCUGGCUUCACUGGCGGCCCGGGAUCCAACGGUUUUGAGGGACAGAAAGGGAGAAGUGGCCAGUUGGGUUCACCAGGAUUCCCGGGGCCCGAGGGCCCCCCAGGAGCAGACGGGGCCCCAGGGGACAGUGGGGUACAGGGGGAGAGGGGGGCAUUGGGACCACAGGGCGCCCCUGGUCCUUUGGGAGAUGCCGGCAGCCCAGGCCCCACCACCACCUUUAACUCUGGCUUCCUGUUGGUGAUGCACAGCCAAUCAGACAUGCUCCCUUCCUGUCCAGCAGACAUGACACAACUGUGGACUGGCUACAGUUUGCUGUACCUGGAGGGCCAAGAGAAAGCCCACACACAGGACCUCGGUCAGGCUGGGUCAUGUAUGCGUCUCUUCAGCACCAUGCCGUUCUCCUUUUGCAACAUGGGCACGUGUGACUACGCCAGCCGCAAUGACAAGUCCUACUGGUUGUCCACCACAGCGUCAGUGCCCAUGAUGCCCGUGGCAGAUCAGGACAUCCAACAACACAUCAGCCGCUGCGUGGUGUGUGAGGCCCCCUCCCCUGCUGUGGCAGUUCACAGCCAGGACAACAGCAAUCCCUUCUGUCCCCCCAACUGGAGGAGUCUUUGGGUGGGAUACUCCUUCCUCAUGCACACAGGGGCCGGCGAUGAGGGUGGUGGCCAGUCUCUGACAUCAUCAGGAAGCUGCCUGAGGGACUUCCGUGCCCAGCCAUUCGUGGAAUGCCAGGGCCCGCGGGGUACGUGUCACUACUUCGCCAACAUCUACAGCUUCUGGUUGACCCGGGUGGGCGCAGAUGGACCGCUGAGCUCCUCUACUUCACAGGGCACGCUCAAAGAGGAGUGGCAACAGCGCCUCAACGUGGGCCGGUGCAGCGUGUGUAUGAAGGAGUGACCCCACCCACCCUCCUUCUGGGCCCGGCCACAUCCCACAAGCACCGGCCCCAAAAUCUCGGACCCACCACAUCCCAGAGUGCUUUGAACAUGCACACUCAUUGGUUACCUGAGAGGCAGUAAUGAUACACCUCAUUAGUCACCAGAGAGGCUGUGACUACACUGGUUGUUUACCUGAAAGUCUCAAUAAUAUUUACAUUGACACAUGCUCUCUCUUAACUUGUUUUAUGCAAGUUCAUACCAAUGAACAUACAGUACUUGAUCAACUAUCCUUUGAAUAAUUUUUUUAGAUUAGUAACUUUUUUUCUCCUCCUGAAAUAUGUAACUUGGCUGAAAGCUCUUAAUAUGUGUAUUAUGUUUCCAGGUUUGAGUACCUAAUAUUACGUGUCAGAUUGUCCUUCGCUCGAGACUCCCAAGUCAACAACAAACAGAGUGGCUUCAAGCAUCAAUGUGGCCCAUCCACACUCAGAUUCAGAAAACUUGAAUGUCCUCAAUUAGGCAAUUAAUUUUGCAGCAAUCACAAUACAUACAGACAUUUCAAUUGUUACUAUGUUUUUUACGUACAACAGUGGUCCUCACACUCUUGGAAGCUGGGACUCUCCCAAAGCCUGUGAUGUUUUCUCGUCAUCCACCAAAGCCACAGUUGUGUUUAUUAGGUCACGCAACAAAUAACUUUUUAAAGUAGAAUGCCAAAAUAAGCAUUUUUGAUUGGAGAUGUCCAUGUCGUCCCUCCCUGUUCCGUUUUCUUAUGUUUUGAUUAGGCCUUGAUUCAAUCAGAUCAAGUUUUUUAUCCAAUUAAUGGUUUUAUUUAAUUUUCUGUUUAGAACUGUAUAGUGCUAAAAGCAGUAUAGUAUCUACUUCAUUAUCUGUAAACUGUAUAACAUGUUGAACAAUGCUUUAGUUUAGAUUGUACACGUUUAGAGAAACAAGGUGUCUGUUCCUUCAGUUCAUUUCAGUCCUCUCAUUAUUGGGCCUCCUUGUCAUUUAAUUGGGCUUCCUUUCACUUUGGUCUUUAAAAUUAAUUCUGUAAAAUAACUUAAGACCCAAACAUUGGUUGUCGAGGUAAUGGCACCAGUCGUUAAAAUGACUUCACCAUUUUGAAAAGCUCGUCUUUUCUUGCACGCUGCAGGAUGCCUUACACCGAUCUACUACGUCAUGUCUGAACAUUCAGCCUCUUUGGUCUCGACUUCAACACGCUACCCAAACUAACACAAGGAAUUAAGCCUCGCUAACACACGCAGAAAAGCAAACUCAGUAGUCAUUACACUUCAAAUGAGUGUGUAUAACAGUGUAAGACUGAAAUUUGCAACAGUCUUUAAAUGUUUCCCUGUACGUCUUGGCAUUAUUGUUUGUUGUAUGUAAAUAUGUUUGCACUGUCGAAAGAACAGGAUUGCUUUAUAUUUGUACUAUAAAUGUCAAGAGUAUUUAUUUAGGUAGGAAUCAUUGUGGUGCUAUUUUUAAAAAAUGGUGAAUGCAUGGUAUUUCUCAAAAUAAGAAUAUUAUGUUGUCAAAUGUUAGGACUCAGGCCACAAUGUCGGGAAGUAUUUGUAGGUGGUGGACAAGAGGAAAAAAGUUGGAAAACCGAGAAGCAUGGUGUCGCAUAACUGUGUUAAGGGGUGCUCGCAGAUUGACAGUCUUACCCUGCGAGGCCCCGUGUGGGGAUUUAUGUUCCAGUCAAGCAGUAACACACCUGAUUCAAGUAAUCAUAUCAAGACUUCAAUCAAGACAUUGACAAGUUGAAUCAGAUGUGAUGCUGCUGGGCUGGAACAAAAACCUGUACCACCACCCCAUCAGACUCUCGCAGUGCGAGAUUGUUUAAUCUCAUGUUCGUUAUGGUGAUGAAAAAGGGUAACAUGUCUUGGGAUAGUUUUUUUAUCCUACCAUACAUCAACAUUCUCAAUUUCUCAGUGCAAACAUACCCUUGCUGUCUGGUUAAAUUUGGACCCUAUGGUAAUUUUUAGGUCAAUGAGAAUAUUGUGGUCACCCGAGUGUCUUCUUUUAAAUGUAAUGUCUCAAAAGAUGACCAAAGUCAUAGGGCAACAGAACAUAACUAUUGUUAAAGGCCCCAUAUAAACAGGGCUGAAUUCACAUUUUCUGUACUGUUGGACUAGAGAGAGCUUCACAGUGGAAGCCACUCUCAGGAGGAUGUAACGUCACAGAAAAGUGAUUGUCUGUCAGAUUGAAUAGAGUUGUUUCAACUCCAUUCUAUUUCUAUCUGCAACAUUUUACAUUACUGAAUAUACCCGCUUCCCCUGAGUCAUUCCAUGUGAUUAACAUAAUGAGACCCUUUGUCCCAAUGAGAGCGCUGUGGGUGUAAAUAUGUAGAUGGGAAAACACUGACAGAAGUGGCUCUGAGUUGUUGACUGACUGACUGACUUCGGUUCUGGAAAGGGAGGGAUCGUUCUUCUCCAAACCCCUCCCCUUUCUCAAUGUGUGGCUUCUCCUGUAACGUUAGAGGCAUAUCAGAGGUUAAACAUAGUAACUCAACAUCACUGACACCGACACACGCAAACACAGAGGCUGAGCCACCCCGAAGACAAUCCUCUUCUUAAAACAUUUUGGUACGAUUUCUGUCAGCACACUUGAUCCUUAUAGGAUAAGCCUUUCACUAACACACACACUCCUAAGCAACCAGUAGUCUUAAAAGCAUUAUGUGGACUGUUUAAAAGGUAAAAAAUAAAUGCAUCUAAUUUCCAA